UUAGCAGCGCAACGCGAAUCACCCUAUGUUACAGUGAAGUAUGUGCUCCCGAGUGUAGAAAAUGGCGCUCUGCGGUACUGCGGAUCGGCGCGGAUGUAAAUAUGGCUUGUGGCUCAGCCUGGGAGUGCUCAUCGCAUGCUUCGUCAGCGUGUCGGGCAUCACUUGUUACUGCGAGGGGCAUUGUCCGGGCGACAAACAGAAUGGAACCUGCGAAGGACGGCCGGGCAGCCAGUGUUUCAGCGCUGUGGAGGAGGUGUGGGACCCCGAUAUACAGGACUACGUCCCAGAGUGGUCCUUCGGCUGCCUGCCACCCGCCGAACAAGGUUUCAUGCAGUGCAAGGGGAACUUGGUGCCUCAUCUGCAAGAGAAGAACAUAAAAUGCUGCAAUCACUCCGCUCUGUGCAACAAGGAUCAAUUCCCCGUAUACGAGCCACGGCCUACCGUGUCUCCUCAUCCGAUUGUCAUCGCAUCGGGCGCUCGGUUUAUUAUUCUAGCGGUCGCCCUAUCGGUCACCUUCGUGAUUUUACUGAUAUCGAUAGGAUUCGUUUACCAUUGGUGUCGGAAGAAAGAGAGGGACCCGUGCCUGGUGCCAUCGCAAGGUACUAUCAAGGACUUUAUCGAUCAGAGCAGCGGAUCCGGCUCAGGACUGCCGCUUCUCGUGCAACAGACGAUCGCGAAGCAAUUGGCCAUGUCGCAGUGCGUGGGAAAAGGACGCUACGGCGAGGUAUGGCUCGCGAGAUGGCGAGGCGGCGAGAAGGUGGCGGUUAAGGUGUUUUUCACGCUGGAGGAGGCGUCUUGGUUCCGCGAGACCGAGAUCUAUCAGACCGUUCUGAUGAGACACGACAACAUCUUGGGCUUCAUUGCCGCCGACAUCAAAGGUACCGGCUCUUGGACUCAGAUGUUGCUGAUCACGGAUUACCACGAGAGAGGUUCGCUGCACGAUUACCUGCAAACAACAGUGUUGGAUCAUCAGGCUCUACUGGCGAUCUGCGUGUCGAUCGCAUCCGGAAUCGCGCAUUUGCACACUGAGAUCUUCGGUACACAGGGCAAACCUGCGAUAGCUCACAGGGACAUCAAGAGCAGAAAUAUUCUAGUGAAGAGAAACGGGGAGUGUGCCAUAGCGGACUUUGGACUGGCUGUUCGCUACAUCAGCGAGAGCGGAGAGAUCGACAUUGCGCCGAAUACCAGAGUAGGUACACGACGUUACAUGGCACCAGAAGUGCUGGACGAGACCCUGAAUACAAGCUGCUUCGACGCGUUCAGAAUGGCGGAUAUGUAUUCAGUCGGACUGGUGUUCUGGGAAGCGUGCAGAAGAUGCGUGACGGGCGGCAAGAAUUCCAUGAUGGAGUGCGUGGAGUCGUACGCCUUGCCUUAUCACGAUGUUGUGCCGAGUGAUCCAGACUUCGAGGAUAUGCGCUUGGUAGUCUGCGUAAAGCGACUACGUCCGAUCAUUCCUACAAGAUGGGACAAUGAUUCGGUCCUAUUCGCGUUAGGAAAGAUCAUGUCGGAGUGUUGGCAUGCGAAUCCAGCGGUUCGCCUGACUGCGCUUCGUGUGAAAAAGACGUUAUCGAAGCUACACGUCGAUAAUAUAAGCAUGAAGAUCGUGUAGUGCCUCCGCCCGCCAUUAUGUAAAAAAACUGAAUCACUCUUCUUCUAGUUAAACAAACAACUUCCUAUCCUCUGUAAAUAUAUCCUCUAGUGUACAUAGAACUGUUGACAGACUGCAGCCUGAAGACUGAAGACUAAGGUUUAUAAGUAUAGUAGCGUGAAUGAAACGAAUGAACGAGAAUUUGCACGCGUACUUGAAUGAACAAAUGAACGACCGAACGAACGAAUAAAUAAAUGAACGAACGAACGAAUGAAUGAAUGAACGAAUGAAUGAAUGAAUGAAUGAAUGAAUGUACGUUUCUCAUAACGAGAGAUGAAAUCGUUUCGAUGUAUAUAUUGUACAUAUACACACUAUA